AUGACUGAUCAGGAUAACUCUACUCCAAAGAUAAGGCGUCUUUUCAUUGGGAACAUUUCCAAGGCUUUAGCUCAAGAUCCAGAAGAUAUACAGAAGAGAAUAUCAAAAUUUGGUUUGAUAACAUCAAAAUUCAGUUUACAUCAUAAUGAAGUGAAGGAAUCAUCUUUUGGGCAUUUGGACGUUGAAAUUAGUGAUAAAGAUUUCACCAGACUUAAAAAUGCCUUAAAUGGUGUGAACUAUAAGGGUUCAAAACUUGUCAUAGAUAUUGCUAAAGAAGAUUACCAAAAAAGAUGGGAACAUGAUCAUAAUAGACCUGAAGAUCGUACAAAGUCCAAGAUGCUGAAGAAUAGUUAUAAACAUUACAAAAAGUUGGAAAAUAUAAAUAAGACUUUCAAAGAUAGACAAGAAAUAAUACCUGGUCGUAUGAGAAAGACUCCUAGAAAGGAUAUCAAGAGAAUGACUUUUAGGGUUAAUCUCAAUGGGAACGUUAAAGUUGUUAAAUGUUACAGAACUAAAUUAUGGGGUUAUGAAAAGAAUAAGAAACUUAGAGAUUUGGUUUACAGAUUUUCCCAUAACGUUUGGAAAGAUGGUAAUGAUCAUAUUGUCGAGAGAUUUGCUAAACCAUUGAGACUUGAACAAAAUGGUCAAACUUUAACCAUUGAAAGAAUUGAAAAUGACGAUAACGAAAGAGAUGUACAGAUAUUACAAGACUUAGGAGAUGAUGAAGAAGCUGAAGCUGAGAAGGAGAGAACUAAUAAAGUUUUGGCAUCUCUCUUAGGGGGGUUUGAUUUUGAGAAACCUAUGCAUGUGAAAGACGAAGAUGAAGAAUAUGGUCAUUCUGAUUAUGAAUAUGAAGGUGCUUUGAAUGAUAGUGGGGAAGAAAAUUAUGAUUUUGAUAACGAUAAACCAAUUGAAUAUGUUAAAGAAGGUGAAUUUGCUAAACAAGAGAUUGUGGACUUUGGUGACGAUGAUGAAGAUGAAGAUGAAGAUGAAGAUGAAGAUGAAGAUGAAGAUGAAGAAGAGCCAUCACAAGAACAUGAAGAUCAAAUGGAUAUAGAUGAAAACGAAGAUGAAGACCAUGAAUUCAUUCCAACAUUUGGCCAAGCUACUGAACCUGAAGCUCCUCAAGAACCACAAGUUGUUGAAGGUACGAUAAGUAACACAGAAACCCUUCGUACAUUGUUCAACACUGAAGAAGAAGGAACAUUCAAGCUAAUUGAAGAAUCAGAUGAUGAUAUUGAUCAAACUAAAAAGACAAUUGCAGAUGAUGUUGUCCUUCCAGAUAAUAAUAUUGCAUCAAUAAUAGCACCAAGAACUAAAAAUCCUAAAGGUUUGUUCUUCCCUCAUUUUGAUUCACCCUUCUUGGUUGCACAAACUCAAUUAAACAAAUUAAAUACAAAUGUUGAUUUAGAAAAUUGGGAAGAGUCAUUCUGGGAUAAAAGAAGUGAAUGGACUAAAGAAUUCAAGAGAAGAAAAAGAGAUGUCCUGAGACAAAUGAGAAAGAAGAAUGCUAAAAAUGCCAGAGUUGUGAUAUAA